GUUUCAUCUCACUUAAAGUACUUCAGGGCGGUUUUCUCCGGGUUUCGUUCCCGAUGACUGACGGCAAUAUCGGUGCCGAGACCAGGUUCAUAUAUUACAUCGAUGAAGAAGAGACUCCCUACCUUGUUAAACUCAAUAUCGCUCCAGAAAAAGUCACGCUUGGUGAUUUUAAAAACGCUCUGAAUAGACCGCAUUCGAAAUUUUUCUUCAAAUCACUGGACGAUGAUUUUGGGGUUGUUAAGGAAGAAAUAUCUGAAGAUAACGCUCCGCUCCCUUGUUUUAAUGGUCGUGUUAUUUCUUGGCUGGUGACUACAGAUGAAAGUAUAACGUCCGAUGCAGGUAUUCUCAGCCCUUCUGGUGAAGCAAAUACUAAUGCAAAUACCAGCAAAUAUUCUACUGAUCUUGAUGUGGAGUCAAAUAAUACGCGCAACAACGAAUGCAAAAUCAAUUCUUGUGUGCUGCAGUCACAUACGACCGCUGCUCCAGCUGAUUCUACUUCUGCGAACCUUGGACAUGGAGGAAAUAUCGGACAAAGUUACGAUACAGAGACGGAAUCUGUACAUAGUGCUAAUCAAGAUCGCAUCGCUCCUCUGCGUAACUUUCAGCAUUAUAAAUCUAGUGGACGACAUCAUUAUACAACGGGUGGUGGUAGUCAUAUUACUCAACAGACAAACCAUAAUGGUUCACGCCAUCGCCAUUAUCGUCAUUUACCUGGUCCAAGUACCUAUGAAACUCCUUCGAUGAUGAGUUCUGAUUUAGAAUCAACUAGCUUCUUAGACUCUGAAGAAGAAUCUAGCAGGUUUUCCUCCAUUACCGGAACAACAUUGUCUUCCCGUCGGUUUAGCCGUGCACGUCGGAGACGAAGACGUAGGCGUCCACCACCGAUCAGCCGGGCAUCUUCAUUUAGCAGUAUUACAGACUCCACCAUGUCUCUAAAUAUUGUGGCAGUUACGUUGAACAUGGAUACCGUUAAUUUUCUGGGCAUCAGUAUAGUCGGUCAGUCAAAUAAGUCUGGAGAUGGUGGGAUUUAUGUUGGCUCUAUCAUGAAAGGCGGCGCUGUCGCUCAAGAUGGACGAAUUGAACCCGGGGACAUGAUUCUCGAAGCAAAUGGGAUUAGUUUUGAAGAAAUGAGUAACGACGAUGCAGUUCGCACACUACGAGAGCAAGUUCAGCGUCCUGGUCCUAUUACGUUAGUUGUUGCCAAAUGUUGGGACCCUAAUCCAGCCGAACGUUAUUUUACAAUACCUCGCCAAGAACCUGUACAUCCCAUUGAUCCGCGUGCCUGGGUGUUACAUACCAAUGCAAUGAUCACACCAGACUCACAGAUUCAAGGUGGUGAUUCACACAGACAAGUUAGUGGGGCUUCCAUGACUGGUGCCUCGUCAGGUGGUGAGUCCAGUUCCACUCUUAGCCCCCCUGGCCUUACCCCUGGUAUGAGUAUGGGCACUUUGACAUCAGGGCAAACUUCGAUGCCUCUAGGUACAAGUGCAGCAGCGUUCAAUAUGGCUGCUUUACUUGCAGCCUCUAAACAUAAACAACAACAGGAACAAGAACAUCAACAACAGCAACAACGUUUACUCCAACAAAGGAUUCAUUUGCCUCAACCCGCAUUUUACCCUUCAUCAAAUUUGUUGAUUCCUCAUGGUUAUACUCAACAGAUUGCUCCUAGCAUUGUCACUGCAUCCAGCUCGCUGCCGGAGAUUGAACGGUACUCUGACCCCAUUCCAUUAAGUCUAUCGACAAGUAUUCCCACAGUUAUUCAUGCAAUGCUUCAACCUGAUUCUGGCCUCGACAUUAGGGAUCGCGUGUGGCUCAAGUUAACUGUACCAAACGCAUUUAUAGGUUCUGACCUAGUCGAUUGGCUCUUCCGUCACUUGGAAGGUUUGACUGAUCGUAGAGAAGCCCGGAAGUAUGCAUCUAAUCUACUCAAAUUGGGUUACAUUCGGCAUAUUGUAAAUAAAUUAACUUUUUCGGAACAAUGUUACUAUGUCUUCCGGGAUAUAAGUGAACAUAUGUCUUGCCUAAGUUUAGAAGAAGUUGAUAGUGUUAGUGAAGUUGGUGCACAUUCACAUCCUAAUUGGGGUCAUAAUACCACAAGUACUAGUUUGACUGUGAAAGCUGGUGCUAGUGGUAGCAUCCCAGAUUACAAUCCGGGUUUUGUUGGAACUCAUGUAGUUGGAACGGCAAGUAGAGAAGGUAAUAACAGUCAAUAUAGUACCGUUUCACCGAUUUAUCAUCCACCUGCUCCACCCCUUGCUGCUCCUAUUCGUCAGUUGAUUGCAGACGGUCAAAAUAUAGCUGCUAAUGCAAAUCUUCAGCAGCCACAAAGUGGGUCUCGCUUAAAUGAUGGAAAUAGAGAUAAUGUUUCAGGCUAUUCCAGUUCAUCAUCUAGCACAAGUAGUGAAUCUGGUCAUUUCGCUCAUGAAAUUCCCGGACAUAUAAAAACGCACACUAAAGACGUAUCCGCAUCAAACCAUAUUGGGGUUCAAGGAUUCAACCAGUCUAGACAACAAGAUUCGGUUUUACCAAAUGUACGGUCACUAAAACAGCAACAUUCCCAGUCAAAUUCUAAUUUGGCACAAACUCUCUCUGCUACUGGUGGUGUUGCAGGACAUCAUUCUAGAUUAAGACAUAAUUUUUAUCCUAAUGGUAAUGAUAAUGAGCUUGCAGCAUCAUCUACAGGAUCUAGUUCAACGUCUUUUGGAAACUCAAGACAGAAUAUUCCCACUAUUAAUUCUGAUAACAAACAACAUCAAACACAGGAUUCAGCUCAACGAGAUUCUAUGCUUAGUUCAAAAAGUAGUAGUAGCAGUAGUUGUACUCCAUUGAAUGCCAACAUGCAGGAAACGCGACUUUUUAAUUCGCAUAGGUUGUCUCAUAUGUCAAAUCAUCAAAAUUGUGCCCCUCCUCCUCCUCCCCCACGAAUUUCAACUGCUGUUUCUGGUUUUACACUCACAAGUCAUCCUUAAACAUGAAAUAAUUUUACAAAUCAAAUUACCGUGGUGCGAAAGAAAUUUCUACCUCAUGCCAUCUCUUCUCCAACGUUUCCAGAGAUAUAAUUAUUUUGACCACUCCGAUGUAAUUAGAGUAAUAUGUGAUACUCAAAUUUCCAUAAUAUAACCUCAUUUCAAAAAAGCUCAUCUCACAACUCAGGCCACUUUUUUGAUUUUCUACUCAUAAAAGUUUUAUCUCUAAUAUUUGGUUCACUCACGCAUUAAGUUGUAUAUGUGCAAUCAUUAACAUUUUGAAAGACCCUUUUUGAUAAAAGGUUAUCAGCUCUUGUAAUUAAUCUUAUAGUCUACCUCGAUAUGUUGUUUUUCGUCUAUCUGGCUAGAACUUUUUGUCUCGUUCUUGAAAUAAACCAUAUUACAUACUAUGUACCAAUCAUUCAUUUUUUUAACUACCUUAUUCGUUUUUAUCUCAUUUUCUUUCUUUACUAAUAGAAUGUGCUUUAUGUAGCCAUAUUAUUCAGUUGCAUACUCCAGAAAUAUUUUUUUCAUUAAAUUUAGCUGUCCGUUACGUAUAAUAUUUGAUUGGUAUUUAAAUCAUUCGCAAUUUUCAAAUUAAAACUUCCUGACGUAAUCGCUUUUAUAUUUUCUCUUUUACUACUUUAAAUGCUUCAGUGUUUUCCAGAGUGUGUAGAAUAUCUUUGCAUGAAACGAAAUUACAGUUGUAAAUACCC